GCGGCUGGCGUGUAGGGUGCAGGCCGGCUGCUGCGGUCCGGGUCUCUGCGCUCCCCGAGGGCCUCCGUCCCGCCGACGCCAUGGGCAACUGCCACACCGUGGGGCCCAACGAGGCGCUGGUGGUUUCAGGAGGCUGUUGUGGUUCUGACUAUAAACAGUAUGUGUUUGGUGGCUGGGCCUGGGCCUGGUGGUGUAUCUCCGACACUCAGAGGAUUUCCCUAGAGAUUAUGACGUUGCAGCCCCGCUGCGAGGACGUAGAGACGGCCGAGGGGGUAGCUUUAACUGUGACGGGUGUCGCCCAGGUGAAGAUCAUGACGGAGAAGGAGCUCCUAGCUGUGGCUUGUGAGCAGUUCCUGGGCAAGAAUGUGCAGGACAUCAAGAACGUUGUCCUUCAGACCCUGGAGGGACACCUGCGCUCCAUCCUCGGAACCCUGACUGUGGAGCAGAUCUAUCAGGACCGGGACCAGUUUGCCAAACUGGUGCGGGAGGUGGCAGCCCCUGAUGUGGGCCGCAUGGGCAUCGAGAUCCUCAGCUUCACCAUUAAGGAUGUAUAUGACAAAGUGGACUAUCUGAGCUCCCUGGGCAAGACCCAGACUGCUGUGGUACAGAGAGAUGCCGACAUCGGCGUGGCCGAGGCUGAGCGGGACGCUGGCAUUCGGGAAGCCGAGUGCAAGAAGGAGAUGCUGGAUGUGAAGUUCAUGGCAGAUACCAAGAUUGCCGACUCCAAGCGAGCCUUUGAGCUGCAAAAGUCAGCCUUCAGUGAGGAGGUCAACAUCAAGACAGCCGAGGCUCAGCUGGCCUAUGAACUACAAGGGGCCCGUGAGCAACAGAAGAUCAGGCAAGAAGAGAUUGAAAUCGAGGUUGUGCAGCGCAAGAAGCAGAUUGCAGUGGAGGCGCAGGAGAUCUUGCGCACAGACAAGGAGCUCAUCGCCACAGUGCGCCGCCCCGCCGAGGCCGAGGCCCACCGCAUACAACAGAUCGCCGAGGGGGAAAAGGUGAAGCAGGUGCUCUUGGCGCAAGCAGAGGCUGAGAAGAUCCGCAAAAUUGGGGAGGCGGAGGCAGCAGUCAUCGAGGCGAUGGGCAAGGCAGAGGCUGAGCGGAUGAAGCUCAAGGCUGAGGCCUACCAGAAAUAUGGGGACUCAGCCAAGAUGGCCUUGGUGCUGGAGGCCCUCCCGCAGAUUGCUGCCAAAAUUGCCGCCCCACUCACCAAAGUCGAUGAGAUCGUGGUCCUCAGUGGGGACAACAGCAAGGUGACGUCAGAAGUGAGCCGACUGCUGGCAGAGCUGCCUGCUUCUGUGCAUGCCCUCACAGGCGUGGACCUGUCUAAGAUACCCCUGAUCAAGAAGGCCACCGGUGCACAGGUGUGAGACUCCAGAAGGCCUUCGUCCUUCAGCAGCCGCCCGCCCCUCCCUCCAGCACCCGUUUUAAUACCACAGGGACAAUGGGAACGUUACUGACUCUGGUGCCUUAUUUUGUAGGGACCAGAAGUGCUGCCUGUUCAGGCCGUCUCUGGCUUUCUGCCCUCUCUCCCAUCUCUGUCUCCCUCCUCUCCUCUGCCCCACACCCUCACUUUCACUGCCAUAUUCACCUGGUUUGUCUCUCUCACCCUCAUCUGCCUGUGUGUUUCUUCCCCAUUUUGUGUCUCUCUCAGCCUCUCUCCUUCCACCCUAUAUAUAUGUCGUGUGGUGUAAGCUCUGAAGAUGUUUAUUAUAAUCACUGUCUGCGGGGGGUGGCCCUGCUACUCCUCAGAAUCCUGGUGCCUUGAAGUUCUCUGUGCAUCUAUCUGUCCGUCCUCCCUGUGGCCCUGGCCAGAGGUCAGCAUGGGUGCAAGGGGUCUGGGUAAGAUGGCCACCCUCCCCUCUCCUGGCCUGGUCUUCCCAACCCAAAACCCUGCACCAGGAAGCCCCAGGCCUCAGACUUCAGCCCCUCUAGGCCUUGGUGGCUGUGGCCUACAGGCCCAGGGCUGUUGCCCUUCACUUUACCCCGCCCUAGCCCCAGGUCUGCUCUCAUACCUGAAAUCUUUCUCCCCCAUCCCGGGGCACAAAGGUAAGGCCUCCUGUAUACAGCAGCUCCCUCAGUUUACUACUGCCUUAGGAGGCUCCUUUGUGUGCUCAGGGAAGUCCCCUUCAUGGACUUGCUCCUGCUGGGUGGAGUAGGGCUUGGUCCCAACUCUGCUAAACCUUUCUGGGAUCAGGGUCUAGCCCUGUUGGGGACUCGGAAGUGUAGACCCUCUUCCCGGAUAUCGGGAAUCUAGUGCUAUAGACUGGCCAGCCAGACCCCUGUGCCAUCUUUCUUCCUGGCCAGAGUGAUAGGGUUCUAGCCAUGGGAGGCAGCCCAGUCCUCUGUCUCCUUGCUGUAGUGGAGGCAGAAGCACCCAAGGCCCAAACAUCCUGGCAGGGAUGCUGUGGGUGUCCUAUGGUCCCAGUCCCCUACCCCUGGCCUUGCCCCAGCCUAUGUAGCUGUUCCUGCAUGUGGAUGCUGCAUGUCUGGUCUGGGGCUUGGAUGCUGCACUGCCCCACUGCCUGACCCUUGUGAUAAAAUAAAGAUGUUAUGCCUACACCUGGCAUUGUGUCUUCUGUGAGGGGAGAACCAACCAGGUUCCCCACCAACACGCUUUUCAGCCUCAAGCUGCACUUUACCUGUUCUUCCCUACCGUAGCCACUGGGGGGCAUUAGUACACUGGCCUUGCCCCAUUCAUGGCCUGGGGCAGGGCCUUGAUUCCCUGAAGAGCUGGACCUAAACCCUCGGAGAACUGGCCCCAGUGCAGGCAAAAGACAGAGGGAGUUGCUAGGUUUCCUUCACCUUUGUGUCUCCCUGAGCCUUAGUAAUGGAGACCACUUCUCAAGAGGAUGAACUCUGGCUGCUUGGGUUGAAAUUUCAGCUCUGUUGUUUAUUACCUGUAUAAUCUCAGGCAAGUAACUUAAUCUUUUGGGCUUCAGUCUUCUUACUUCGCAAAUGUAUGUGCUUGCUAUGUGCCAGGCAUUGUCCUACAUGCUGGGGAGACUGGUGAACAAAACAAAUCCCUAGCUUUUAGAGCUUACAUUCAGGUGGAAGAAACAAAAAUUAAAUAUACAAUAUGCUAGAUAAUGGUAUAUAAGAGAAGAAAACAAAACAGGGAAUGGUAGAGCUUCAUUAAGAAAACACUGAGGAGGGCCUCCCUGGUGGCACAAGGGGUUAAGUCUCAGCACUAUGAAGCUAUCCACAGCCAUUGCAGCAUGAGUUUGAUCCCCUGACAGGGAGGUGACCCACAUGGCACAGCAGACCUCUCCUGUCUCGCCCACUGCUCCUCUCAGCAGUGUAUUUCAGUCACUCCACAUGUCCUCCCCACACUGUCUCUGUUGAGUCCUCUCACCCCCCACACCUCUGGCCUGUACCCCAGUUCUUUUAACCAUAAAUGAAUAAAUCUUUUUUUUUAUACCA